AUUUAGAGUGUCGCACAGCCAUAAAUUCAAUUCUGAUUUCUUCUCGCAUUGCGCCUCCAAAAAUUUAAUACUACACCAAAUUUCGUGGAUUUCCCCGCGAGGAGUGCCCCGAAGAGUCGCAAAUCCGUGGUUACUGCUGCUGAAUUUCCUCAGUGUUGAUGGUGUACAGUUGCAUUUGCAAUCUUUGCAAUCUCCGCAAUCUUGCGCUGAAAUUGCGUGGUUGACCGCGAGAUUUACGAGCCACCGUUGAAGCUGGUGCGAGUAUGCAAGUUUGGCUCAAUGCGCCAUGCUUGGCCAUGCUUCAGGUGCGUUUUGAGCCUGCCUCGCGAAGGGAGGAGGUGCGAUGCUGGGAAAAUCUAGGUCAAUCGCGUGCUAAGUGUCGCUAAAAUUUUCUCUCUUACCGAGAGAAGCAUAAAAAUAAGUAUUUAUAUAUAAAUGUACAUAUCAGUUGGAAGUUGUGUGUGAGUAAAAAAUUUUUUUUUGUCCCACCAAGUUGUUUAUUAACGACUUUGAUUCCAGUUUCCGCCUAUUCAAUUUUGCACACCAGUAGAGAACCCAAACCGCGAUUUCGAUCAAACAACACCCAGCCAAGAGCCCGCGAGACUGAAGCUCUUUCGCACAUUUGGUGUCGCAUCGCCACUAAACAAACAUGUGCUGCUCCGGACUUCCACCGAGAGGGUGAUCACAGAAAAGCAAAUUUGGAUUAAAAGUAUCGGAUUGCAAAGCCUCCGAGGGGAAGCUUUGUGGUGUGGCGAAGACAAAAAAAAUUCAAAAAGCUCCCAGAAAAAGUUCCCUAAAUCGAUAUUUUGUUGUGUGCAGUGAUUUGAGAGUUUUCUUUUGCUUGAUUUAAAAAAAAAAUCGAGGAAGGAGAAAAGAAGGAAACACAGUGCAAGUGCGGUGCCUUUGGGAAGAAUGGUAAAUAUGCCCCUCUUCAGUGGCCUCCGUUCCAGCAAGAAGAGCCCAAGUCCAAAUCCCUCGAGUGGAAGUGGUUCGAGUUUGUUGCGUGCCGCCAACACAUUCCGCGGGUACUUGAGGAAUAGGGAUCCAAUUGAGAAUGGCAAGAAACGGAAACCCGUAACAAGGAGCGACACUUUCACCAUGAAGGCAUCCUCCAAGGAAUCCGACGACGAGUACGUCAAUUAUCACACCUACACGAAGAAAAAAGGAUCCAGCAAUGUUGAGACAGACGUCUUUGGGGCUCUCUAUGAGAAGCAGCUGUCAAAGUCCCCCGAAAAUGUUCCAUACAAUGGGAAUUCCCGCAUGAAGAAAUCUUCGAAAUUCCCCAUCCUCGACAAGUGGCGGCAGCAGGAACAGAAAGAUGAUGAGCACAAAAAGAUCAUGUUUAUGAAGCAUCGCCUAAGUUUCGAUGAACCCGAUUCGAAUGUUGAGAAUACACCGCAGAAGCCCUUCAAUGAGAACCCAAUUAAUUAUGCUACGUUCAGUAAGAGACGCUUCCGUCCGGAUUUUGUGCCCAAUGACAAUCGUUCGCUCGUGUGGUUCGUGAAUAUGGAGAAUCAGGAGGAGAAGACACCCGAGGAGUGUGUACGAAAGAAAGUUUCACGCAAUGAGACAUUCCGCGUGGGUAAAAUUCAUGAGAGGCCAAGAUUGGAGAUGCCCCCCGAUGAGGAGGACUCCAUCUCCAGUGAGGCAUCCGCGAAGAUCACACAGAAGUACCUCUCGGAGCCAAUUCGGGUGGAGAUCAAGAAUCCCGAUCGUGGCACGAAGAUUGUCCCUGUGGGUGUGGCCACACCGUACACAGCCGACACCAUUCCGAAGCCACGCGGCGUGAUUGUUCGGCCACGAAUCGAUCCCAUUCGCAUUGAAAUCGGCUCACAGGAUCCCCAACCAUGGCGAUCGAGCUUCUCCCACGUGCGAUCUCGUCCAACUGGUAGACUAAGCAGCUUCUCGCGUGCAUCGUUGGACCCACCACCACGAUCUACCUACCAAUUUGGGGAUCAUGUGAACCCCAAAGAGAAACCCCCGCGCUUCCGACCCUCGGGCCUUGAGGACGUCAUGAAGGCCGUACGACAACCAAGUGCCUUCCGUGCUGCGCCCCUGGAGCCAAAACCCGUAGUUAUGCGCUUCCCCACAACAAUGGCGCCCAAGGUAAAGCGCCCAGUAUGGAGAUGAAAUUAGGCCGGGAAUAAAUUGUAAUAUUGCUUUCUUUUGAUUAAAUAACUUUUGCCA